AUGAAUGACCAGGUUGAUGACAGUGGUAGUCUCAGUCAUGAGGAAUUGAUGAAGCUUACCAGCUCAACUCUGACCAAACUGCUACCUGAUGAUCCAGUCUUACGUGAUUUACCGAAUGAAGUCACAUUUGAAGAGGUGAACGCUCAAGUGGCUUUACAGUUUGGGCGUUCUAUGACAGUUUAUGUUGUACGUGGAGACGGUGAAGAACUGCCUAUUGUUGUACCUCAAGGGACAGCCACAGUCCUCGACCUGAAGCAUGCUCUGAAGCGCUACAUGACAUUGCGCUUGAUGCGUCAGAAGAACUCUCAGAAAUUAAGUUGGCGCCACAUUUGGCGCUCGCAUUGGCUGUGUUUCGAAUCUCAACCUUUAAAGGAAGAUAAAAAGCUUCUUUCCAGUUAUAGUAUACAUAAUCGUUCCAGAGUAGACUUUAUUAGAAGAUUGCGUGAGCGAAGAAAGUGA